GCGGGGACCCGAGGCGGCGGCAGGCACUGCGGCGCGAGCGGUGCGAUCGGCGGGACGCGAGCUCCGCGAGCUGCAGGCAGGUAUCCAGCAGGACACUGCAUCCUAUUGAGAGCUGAGAGUGGCACUUCCGUCAGUUGAGAAAGGAGAUGGGACAGGUCUACAUCUGUUCCCUGAGCAACUGGUGAGCGGCUGCCAGCAGAGUGAUAAGAAAUGACAGUAAUCUCCGUCUGAGAAUCCCGUGCUCCAGGUGCUGAAGAGCUGCCUCUUCUUGAGCUCCUGGUGUGAACAAGCCUUCACUGCAGUUUUAUCGGUUGCUCAACUUUCUUAAUGAUGGGCAUUGGCAAGAACACCACCUCCAAAUCAGCGGAGGCUGGGGGUUCCACGGAAGGCAAAUAUGAAGAGGAUGCAAAGCACCCAAAUUUCUUCACUCUCCCGGUGGUGAUCAACGGUGGUGCCACGUCCAGUGGAGAGCAGGACAAUGAAGACACUGAGCUCAUGGCAAUCUACACCACGGAGAAUGGCAUCGCAGAGAAGAGUUCUCUUGCAGAGACGCUGGACAGUACUGGGAGUCUGGAUCCCCAGAGGUCGGAUAUGAUCUACACAAUAGAAGAUGUUCCUCCCUGGUACCUGUGCAUAUUUCUGGGUUUGCAGCACUACCUGACGUGUUUCAGUGGCACAAUCGCUGUGCCCUUCCUGCUGGCUGAUGCCAUGUGCGUGGGGGAUGACCAAUGGGCCACCAGCCAACUCAUCGGGACCAUUUUCUUCUGCGUGGGAAUCACUACAUUGCUGCAGACAACAUUUGGAUGCAGGUUACCCCUGUUUCAGGCCAGUGCUUUUGCAUUUUUGGCCCCUGCUCGAGCCAUCCUGUCUUUAGAUAAAUGGAAAUGUAACACCACAGAGAUUACAGCUGCGAAUGGAUCGGCAGAGCUGUUGGAGCACAUCUGGCACCCCCGGAUCCAAGAGAUUCAGGGAGCUAUCAUCAUGUCCUCAUUGAUAGAAGUGGUCAUUGGUCUCCUUGGCCUUCCUGGGGCUCUGCUGAGGUAUAUUGGACCGCUGACCAUCACACCCACCGUGGCCCUCAUUGGCCUCUCUGGUUUCCAGGCAGCAGGAGAGAGAGCAGGGAAGCACUGGGGCAUUGCCAUGCUGACGAUUUUCCUAGUGUUACUAUUCUCGCAAUAUGCCAGAAAUGUUAAAUUUCCUCUCCCAAUUUACAAAUCCAAGAAAGGAUGGACUGCAUACAAAUUACAACUUUUCAAAAUGUUUCCAAUCAUCCUGGCUAUCCUCGUGUCCUGGCUGCUGUGCUUCAUCUUCACGGUGACUGAUGUCUUCCCUUCCAACAGCACCAACUAUGGCUACUAUGCACGCACAGAUGCCAGGAAGGGCGUACUUCUGGUAGCCCCAUGGUUUAAGGUUCCAUACCCAUUUCAGUGGGGGAUGCCCACCGUCUCUGCAGCUGGUGUCAUUGGCAUGCUUAGUGCUGUCGUAGCCAGUAUCAUUGAGUCCAUUGGUGAUUACUAUGCCUGUGCCAGGCUCUCCUGCGCCCCACCGCCUCCUGUCCAUGCAAUCAACAGGGGUAUUUUUGUGGAGGGUCUUUCCUGUGUUCUCGAUGGCAUAUUUGGUACUGGGAAUGGCUCUACAUCCUCCAGUCCCAAUAUUGGAGUUUUGGGAAUUACAAAGGUUGGCAGCCGCCGAGUGAUCCAGUAUGGCGCAGCACUCAUGCUAGGCUUGGGCAUGGUUGGCAAGUUCAGUGCCUUGUUCGCAUCCCUCCCAGACCCCGUGCUCGGAGCCCUCUUCUGCACGCUCUUUGGAAUGAUCACAGCCGUUGGCCUCUCUAACCUGCAGUUCAUUGAUUUGAAUUCUUCCCGGAACCUGUUUGUGCUUGGAUUCUCCAUAUUCUUCGGGCUUGUUCUUCCCAGUUACCUCAGACAAAACCCUCUGGUCACAGGUAUAGCAGGGAUUGACCAAGUACUGAAUGUACUUCUCACUACUGCAAUGUUCGUAGGAGGCUGUGUGGCUUUUAUUUUGGACAACACCAUCCCAGGUACCCCAGAGGAAAGAGGAAUCAAGAAAUGGAAGAAGGGUGUGAGCAAAGGGAGCAAGUCCCUUGAUGGCAUGGAGUCCUACAAUUUGCCAUUUGGCAUGAACAUUAUUAAAAAAUACAGAUGCUUCAGCUACCUGCCUAUUAGCCCAACCUUUGUAGGCUACACAUGGAAAGGCUUUGGCAAGAGUGAGAACAGCCGGAGUUCAGACAAAGACUCUCAGGCCACGGUAUAGCCUUUGCUGUGCUCUGUGGCCUGGCCACAGUGAGGCAUGAUCUCGUUCCUUCUUGAGUAACAAGAAGAUAGAUGUUUGUAUAUCUACUUUGGCAUCCUGCACCUCAGAGCUAAGACAGGUUGCACCCACCUGUCUGUGGGUAGUGAUUGUGUCCAAUAUGGUGUCUCACUUCUCUCCUUAUUGGUCCCUUACCCUUUCCAUGUCCAUUGCUGGCCUUGGUCACUGAACUUGAAAUCACAGUCCUGCCGCUGGAAUGGGCAUUUGGACUCCUGUUUUCAGUUCCCUGCUGUGCAGACUUCCAGUGCUCUUUCCUGCAAGCCACUUCAAGGCCCAGGGGUUUCUGCCUCUAAACACUAUGUCCAACUCUUUACUUGACCUGAGCCCUGCAGAGACCUCCUCUGGCCAAGGGGCCACCAAUGUCCUUACUUUGUCACAUCUGCGUGGUCAGAGUGGUUAUGUUGUCCCCAAAACCCAGGAGCCUAUUGACCUGACUGAAAGUAGUGACAUGACUGCCAUGUGCCCAGAUGUGAGCAUGCAUAAGGUCUGUGUAGCUGUGCCUGGGUGGCACUCUGUCUAGGAGAUUGACAGUAAUGGAAAGGGCCUGAGUCAAUGGCAUUCCUGACCACUCUGGCCCCACCCAGGUCAGCACAGUGCACACUAGUCUGUUUUACUGGCUGAGACAACCUAUUUGGCAUUUUCACUGAUGGCUGGCAUGACGGGUAUGGAGUGCCCACAGAUAAGUCUAUGGGCGUCUUGGCUCUGCUGUCCUGAACUGUUGUGUGUGUUUUAUUCCUAUUUAAUGUUAUGACUAUAGUGGAUUUUUGAAACCAGUGUUUUUCCAUGUGAACUUCUAACCUUGCAUCCUAUUCCUUGUUCUCUACCCCUUACCCCAUUAAGAAAAGAACCAGCGUUUGUAAAGCUGUGGGUGUACCAUCAGGGAAGCUUCUUGCAAUGGCUGUUGAAGGCCAGUGACCAUUGUUGUGGGUGUGUUUUGUACUGCUCUAUACCAUGAAAGUGUAAAUACUGUAAUGUCUAAUCUAUUUAUCACAACUGACUACUGGACCAGAACCCAGAAACAUGGGUCAAGUUACAUGUGAAUUUGUUUGGUGAAGAAGGGAACCUGGGACAGUAAUACAGCAUCACCAUAUGGAAUGUGCCAUUUCCUUCUGUUGCAAGUCAUUGCUGGUAGAUUUGACUUAAUAAGACUUUGUGUGGGUUGUCAGGUCACAGGUCCAUUGGAUCUUGAUCCUUGCAGAGGGAGGAUUUGAUCCCUUAGCCAAAUGCCAGUGUAUUUUGUUGCAGAAGACAGUAAGAAAAACAGCUACCAGGUGCCAUCUAUGAAGUGUUCUAACCUAGGACACAAAUUCUUGCUGACAAGUGACUUGUAUUGAAUUUGUCUUUGGUUUUCAAGCCAAAAGGAAAGCCUGGCUUCAAGAGAUUGUAUCUCUCAGUGGCUAUGAACCUGGCUGAAUCGUGCAUGGCAGUGGGCAUUCCUGCUUUCCUUAGCAAGGUGUGACUCUGAGUGGCCCUCUGUUUCUCUGCCCCAGCCCCUAGGCUGGUUUAGUACUACCAUAUUGCCAGGUCUUUGUUUUUGUCCCUGCAGCCCUCAUGACCCAUGAGAGUUUUGGGUUUCAAUAACACCUCACCUCAGAGCCACUGUAUUGUUUUGCCAAAAUCUUCCUCCAGAUUAAGUAAAGAACUGGGUUUCUGAUUGCAUUUAGUUUUGUAUGUUUUCUAAAUGUCUACUCGAGUAAUUAGUGCUCUGGAAGCACACUGGUGAGUAGCCUUUGACAGCUCUGCUCUGCCUUCACUGUUGCCUCAGUUUGCGUUCUGCUUAGUUUAUCCAGCUUCUGUUUGGAAGCGCCUGAGGAUCUGCAGUAUUGAGCUGCUGUUGUGAGCAGGAGCAGGAGUCCACACAGAAGCGUGAGAACGGUUGGCGAUCCUGCCUGCUACACUUGUUCUGCUGAGUGCCACCCCAAGUCUUCCCAUUUGGCUACAUUUUGCUCUGGUCAUUAUUAGACUUGGACAUGGGCUCACCAAGUAUAGAUGAUCAGGGAAGUUAUGCCAACAUCUCCAUUGGAAGCAGGGUUUCCUCUUCUUGCUUUUUCAGAGCCAACUUUUGAUAUUCUUGGAAGGAAGGGGGCAGGAUGUGGGAGGAAAGAGAACAACGCAAUCAGACUCCUCCAUGGAGUUGUGCACUUUCUGCGCUGUGAGUGAUUGGCACCCUGUGACCACUAGUAAGGUUUUUCCAUGCAGCCUGUAGUCUCCCAGAACACAGAGGAAAUGUGUGCCUAGAGGGGAGUUUUAGGAGGACAUGGUGGCCAUGUGUCGUCUGUCUGCUUGUGUCCAGCUAUCUUCACUGCUGAGACUUGCUGUGUUUGGUAUGCCAAUGGGCGGUUCCAGAAUAUUUCAGAUGUGAGCAUCCUUACCGGGCAUUCCACCUCUAGGUCUCCCGGUGAACACUUGCUUCCUUCCUCCACCCGAGAGCAAACAUUUGUGUCAGCACAGAAAGCAGAAUGUGAGAACAAGGACAGUACUGUCCGGCUCCUUGUGCCGGAGACCCAGUUGGAAGGCAGUGGGAAAUGGCACUAAUCUCUGUAAAGUGAUUUUCAUUUAUGAGUUAAGCCUUGAUUCACUGGGACUGAGACGUUUAUGCUCAGAAUCUUUUUGUUUGUUUUGCUUUGUUUUUUGAGACAGGGUUUCCCUGUAGCUUUGGAACCAGUUCUGGAACAACUCCCACUGUAGACCAGGCUGGCCUCGAACUCACAGAGAUCCACCUGUCUCUGUUUGCCUCCCGAGUGCUGGGAUUAAAGGCGCAUGCUACCACCACCUGGCUCAGAAUCUUUCUUAAGAGGGUUUCCAGUGUUAACAUUUAUUGGGAUUGAUCGAGGCAAGAGAGGUGGCUUUUUCUAGGCCAGCUGGAGUGAAGUAUUGUGGGUCCUACUGGUGUCCCAUCUCCACUGUAACAAAUUCACAUGCAGGAUUUACUUUAUACUGUAGAAUACUGACUUUCAUGAUGACAACUUGAUUUAUGCAUGAAUAUCACAGUAUUUCCAUAUAGUAAAAUAACAUUUCUGCCCAGGAUAAUAGUCACAGUUUUCCAGGGAGGGAAUGAUAUAAUUUUCAUGACAAUGUCAUGUGCUGAUAGAAUUUCUCCAUUGAUGAACCUCUAGUAUGUGUGUAUACUUUAUUUACCCAUGUGUGUAUUUUAUGAUCAGGAUCUAAACUGUCAAUUCUUUCAUUCAUGUCCUUGCUGAGACACUGAUAUUAGCAACUUAGACUUAAAGUCUGCAGGUUUAAUCAAUAGUCAUGGCAGUGCUGAGAGGUGAAGCCUCAGUUAGAGCCCAUCUGACUGGAAGAGAGGCAGCAUCCUGCAGACGGCCGUGCUUAGGAUAGACAUUUGGCUGCUGGUAUCAGGCUUGGCAUGGCUAUUAGCGAGGGGCCUAAUUACCCAGUUGUUGAGGAUGCCAGCUGUGCAUACCCAAACUUGUCCGCUGCACACUGGGUUAUGUACAGCUAGGCCUCAGCUUUCACAGAGCCCUGGUCUCCAGGAAACCAUCUCUUGGAUCAGGGUUUCACAUAUCGUACUUUAUUCUCAGUCCCUUAAGAUUUGGGCACAGAAUAGGACAUCUUCUACUUUGCACUCUUCCUACAGUCAGAACCCCAGUAGUGCAAGAAGGUCCCUUACAUGCCAGCAUUUAACUUUCAUCCAUGGAACCCAAAGCACAGUAGUGCUGGGGACCCCUUUUGGGCAGCCUCAUCCACCUCCCCAUCCUUCUAGUAGGUUGACUGCCUUGUCACCACUCUAUACCUAGCAUUCUCAGGUUGCUGUGUUUCCUGGUGUUUAGAGCAUUCAUACCAAUGUUACUGUUUGACGCAUCUGACAGCUCAGUGGACAUCCUAUUCUGUCCGUUCCUAACAACUUUGAUUUGACAUGUUCAUCAGUUUCUGACUGUCCUUAGAACAGUAGAGAUGCCUCUAUUUUAUUUGAGUUUUGUGACUGACCUUACCUAUAUAUCUCUCUGGGUUUUUUUUUUUAAUUUUUAUUUUGCAUACUGAGGGUAUUUGGGGUGGGGUUGUUUUUGAGAUGUGUAAUUCUUUUAUGGAGUUUUUUAAAAAAAUUUCAUAUUGUUUUUCUAACAUGGCUUCAUUAAACGUUUAAGUAUUUUAAAAAUAUGUAAUAUUUGGACCAGAUGUUGUGAAUAAUAGUAGAGAUAAAGCUAUUUUAUUCUGUAUUUUUAAAAUUGUUCCAUACAAAUAAAAGCUCCUGGAUGUA